AUGUCAGCCGGCAGCGGUAUCGCCGGAAAUUGCAGAAAAACGGCCGGUUUUUACCCAGAUUUUCCGGAGCUCGUUCCGGCGAUUCCGGCCACCAAAUCUUGCGAUCAAGGAGGUCUGAUCUUCGAAUUGGAUUUCGGCCGGAUUUCGAGGGGAGAUUCCGGCCACUUCCGGUCAGAUUUUGGGGUAUGCCCAAGAACAAAAGUGGCUCAGAAUAGGGUUUUACAUCUAGGAUAG